CGCCCUCCACCGCCUCCCCUUCCCUUCUUCUCCCCCCGGUGGGGCGAUGGCGGCGGGAGCGGGGCCGGCGUUCCUGUCCCUGGGGCUGUGCUGGGCGCUGGUGGCCCGGGCGAGCGGCGCGGAGGAGCGGGGGCUGCAGCGGGGCAUGCCAAACGUCUGUCCAGUGUUGGAGUUGGCUCUGGUUGGACACCAACAGCCGUGUGUUCAAGCCUUUAGUCGUAUGGUCAAGAUGUGGAAGCAAGGUUGCACAGGGAGGAGGUGGUGUAUGGGCUAUGAGAGAAGGUCAGGGUACUACACGGUGUACAAGCAGGCGUACAGAAUGGAGCAUCAAACUGCCUACAAGUGCUGCCCUGGGUGGGUCCAACGUGACAAUGAGCCUGGCUGUUUGCACUCUCUGUGUUCUGUUGGCACUUGCUUCAAUGGAGGGAAAUGUUCUGAAGCAGGAUCCCAGAUGUGCCAGUGUCCUGCAGGAUUUCAGGGUCCUCGCUGCCAGUAUGACAUAAAUGAGUGCACCACUGAGAACGGUGGCUGUCAUGACCAGUGCUGUAAUACCAUCGGCAGCUACCACUGCAAAUGUCCAGCUGGCCAGAAACUGGAGGAAGAUGGAAAAUCCUGUGGAGACGUGGACGAGUGCGCGGUGGUGAACGGUGGCUGCCAGCAAGGCUGUGUCAACACACACGGCUCCUUCCACUGCCAGUGCCGGGCGGGAUACAGGCUCCACGCUGAUGGGCGCACCUGCAUAGCCAUCAAUUCCUGCAGUGUUAACAAGGGGGGCUGCGAGCAGGAGUGCCUUCAGCUCGGUGAGGACCGCUACAAGUGCCAGUGCCACCCGGGCUACCAGCUGAAGAGGGAUGCCAAAUCCUGUGAAGACGUUGAUGAGUGUGCAGAAGGGAGAGCCAGGUGUGCUCAUCGUUGUGUGAACACUCCAGGAUCCUUCACCUGUGACUGCAACCCCGGCUUCGAGCUGGGGGCUGACGGGAAGCAGUGCUACCGCAUCGAAAUGGAAAUUGUCGAUAGCUGCCAGGACAGCAAUGGUGGCUGCUCUCAUCACUGCGAGCACACGACUGCGGGGCCGCGCUGCUCCUGCGACGACGGCUAUCGCCUGGGUGUUGAUGGCAAAACGUGUGCAGAGGUGGACGAGUGUGAGACCGGAGAGUCCUGCUGCUCCCAAUUCUGCAUCAACUACGUGGGAGGCUACGAGUGUGCCUGCAAAGCGGGGUUCCAGCCCAACGCCGACGGCUGCGCCUGCGACGAUGUGGAUGAAUGUCGUCUUGAUAAUGGCAACUGUGACCAUUUCUGUGUUAAUUCUCUGGGGUCAUACGAAUGUGCGUGUAAGGAGGGUUACAGGCUUGGUGUUAACAGAUGGUCCUGCAUCGCCCUAGGUGGGGAGGAGACAGAUGUGGAGGAGGCGACGGGGUUCGCCGGGGCUCCCGGGCUGCAGUUCAGAGGUCCCCCCCAGCUCCUUCACUACGCCCUCGGUGCCCUCUACGAGGAUGAAGACCCACGAGGAGAACUCACCCUGGUGCACAGGGUCGUUUGCCUCGAUAACACUUUUGGCAACGACUGUAGCUUGAGCUGUGAGGAUUGUCUGAACGGAGGCAGAUGUAACAGCGAAGGCAGCGGCUGCGUGUGCUCGCCCGGGUGGAGCGGCAUUAUCUGUAAUGAAACUUGUUCCCCCGGGACGUACGGCAGAGGCUGUGCCAGUGUUUGCAAGUGCCAGAACGGAGGCUCCUGUGACCCCGUCACCGGGCAGUGCCGCUGUCCCCCCGGCGUGCACGGCAAGCUCUGUGAAGAUGGUUGCCCAAAGGGUUUUUUUGGGAAGAACUGUAACAAACCAUGCAACUGCGCCAACAACGGCUAUUGCCACAGACUGUACGGAGCCUGCCUGUGUGACCCCGGGCUCUACGGGCGCUUCUGCCACCUCACCUGUCCCAGGUGGGCCUUCGGAGCCGGCUGCUCGGAGGAGUGUCAGUGCGUGAAGGAGCACACGCUGGAAUGCAAUGCCAGGAACGGGACUUGCACCUGCAAGCCAGGUUACCACGGCAAAAAGUGUCAGAAAGAGUGCAUGCCUGGCUUUUAUGGGGCUGGUUGCAAACUGAGGUGCAACUGUCCUCCUGAUGUGUCGUGUAACCGUGAGACGGGAGCCUGCCAGCAUCCGUGUCCACCUGGGUUUCAUGGAGAAGAAUGCCAUUUAUCUUGUCAGCCCGGGAGCUUUGGGGUGAACUGCGGGCAGAGGUGCAGCUGUGGAGAAGCACCGUGUGAUCCAAAGACGGGGCAGUGCAUUUGCCCAGCUGGGAAGGCUGGUGCUACAUGUGAGCAAGAUUGCCCAGCGGGUCGGUGGGGACCAGACUGCCAGUCCUCCUGUGAGCCCUGUGCCAACGGGGGCCAGUGCAACAGAGAAACUGGAGCCUGCGACUGUCCCCCGGGCUACACCGGGGCAUCCUGCUCUGCCUCCUGCCCUGCUGGUUACUACGGACAAAACUGCCUGCUGUCGUGCAGCUGUAGCAGUGGUGCUCAGUGUCACCAUGUCACCGGAGAGUGCACGUGUCCCCCAGGCUGGACCGGCCCCGACUGCAAACACCCCUGCAACAGUGGCCGUUGGGGCCUGCGCUGUGAAAACACGUGUGUCUGCAAUAACAGCGACGGUAGCUGCGAUCCCGUCACCGGCUCCUGCUUCUGUGAGCCAGGGUUCACUGGGGAACACUGCGAAUGGAGGUGCCCCGAGGGAAGCUUUGGCCCGAGCUGUGAGUCCAGCUGCCAGUGCCAGAAUGGAGCUGCCUGCGACCACGUCAGCGGAGCCUGUACCUGCACGGCAGGCUGGACAGGAACCUUUUGUGAAAGAGCAUGUCCAGAUGGAUUCUUUGGGCUUGACUGCCACCAGGUGUGCGAGUGCAAGAAUGCUGCUGGCUGCAACCACGUCCUGGGAACCUGCCGCUGCCUCCCGGGCUGGCGGGGAGAGACCUGCCAGCAGCCCUGCCAGGGGAACAGCUAUGGGCCGGGCUGCAACCACACUUGUCACUGUCACAACGGAGCCCUCUGUCAUCAUGUAACCGGGACGUGCCUUUGUAGCCCAGGGUGGAAAGGAACCACCUGUCAAGAAGCCUGUCCUCCUGGAUGGUAUGGUGCAAACUGUCUCCAGCGCUGCGUCUGCCACGGCCAGGCGACGUGUGACCGUGUGACGGGCGAGUGCCGGUGUCCCCAGGGUUGGAUGGGGAUAGCCUGUGAGCUGGAGUGUGGGGACGGGAAGCACGGAGAGGGCUGUGGGCAGAACUGCAGCUGCCACCGUGGGGUUUGUGACCAGCACUCAGGGAGGUGCAUCUGCCACGCCGGCUGGACUGGAGACCGCUGCGAUGUUGCCUGUCCCCCGGGAUCUUUUGGCAAGCAGUGCGAGGAGCGGUGUGACUGCGUGCACGGCUUGUCCUGCCACCAUCAAACAGGAGCGUGUCACUGUGCAAAGGGGUGGCGAGGGAGGCACUGUGACAAACCUUGCUUGCCUGGACGCUACGGUGUGGGCUGUGCCCAGCGGUGCCGGUGUCCUGCGGGUACCCCCUGCCACCACCUGACGGGCAAGUGCGGCUGUCCUCCGGGAUUCACCGGCUACGGCUGCGAGAAAACUUGUCCACCGGGCACGUAUGGUAAGAACUGUAACCGAGUGUGUCAGUGCUCUGCCGAGAAUGAGGAAUGUCACCCGGUGACCGGCGACUGUGUGUGCCACCCGGGCUACCACGGGGCCCGCUGCACCCUCCGGUGUCCAAAGGGUACUUACGGUCCAAACUGCCAAAACCCCUGUAAAUGCAUGAAUGGAGGCCAUUGCGACCCCGUGUCGGGAACUUGUGAUUGCACGCCUGGUUUCAUUGGAGCCGACUGUAGCAAAACUUGCCCUGAAAACCGAUACGGGAAGGACUGCACCCUGUUCUGUGCAUGUGGUAAAGGUCAGUGUGACCCACGGACUGGCAAGUGUUCCUGUCCUCCCGGCCAAAUGGGACCCAGCUGUCAGCAAGUGUGUCCCCAGGGACAAUACGGCCCCAACUGCCAGCUGACAUGUACCUGUCAGAACGGUGGUAUCUGUGACCACGUGGAUGGCAACUGCACUUGUGGGCUCGGCUGGACAGGAAGAUCGUGUGAGAAAGCAGAAUGUCUCCCAGGGAAGUACGGGUCUGGCUGUGGCUUGGACUGUUCGUGCCAGCACAACGGCACCUGCGACAGGUUCACGGGCUGCUGCCGGUGCCCCGAGGGCUACUACGGCCACUCCUGCGAGCACAGGUGUCCCCUUGGAUUUUAUGGACUAAGCUGUCUUCAUGCGUGUGCCUGUAAAAAUGGAGGGAGCUGCGAUGCGGUGACGGGACAGUGCAUGUGUCCUUUGGGUUAUCAAGGUGUCCACUGCGAGAAAGGCUGUGACAGGGGCUGGUUUGGAGAGAGGUGCCAGCAUCAGUGCGACUGCGGAGAUGCUCCAUGUGAUCCAGAGACUGGGAAGUGCCUUUGCCCACCUGGGAAGACCGGAGAUAAAUGUGAUGUUGAAUGCAGGUCAGACCAGUAUGGCCCCAACUGCUCCUUACGAUGCCAGUGUGCCAGCAAAUCCCAGUGCAAUCCAUACAACGGGAACUGCGUCUGCCCGGCCACGUGGAUGGGGCCAACCUGCAAAGAAGGUGGCCCUCCAAAGCUUCCUUUUUAUGAAGAACAAACUCAAGAAAGAGGGAAUAUUUUUCCAAGAGCUCUACAACAGUAACAUUUGGACUAAUAAAUGAACUGUUUUAUAUGCACAGACGGUAUUUGAAUUUGGAUAUGAAAACAGCUAUUCAAUUCGGCUUGAAUUGUACUGAAGUAUUCACACUUCUUAUGGAAGACUACAGAGGCCAUUUAGUAGCUGGAUCCUUUUAAGAAGUUGAAUCUGUUUCACGUAUUUAUUCCUAGCCUCUUACCCCUCCAUUAAUCUGCUCUGGACAUUCUUUCUGAUAUAUAGAAUAUAAUUCAUUGUUUGAAAGCUUGGACAUGUUUUUAGUAAGACCAGUUCCAAAGAGUAUCAGGAUAAGUAGUAUGUAACGUAUCAACUUGCAGUGAGCCCCGCCACGUACAAGUGACUUUCUAAACCUGCUUGACAACCGGCGUGAAAUAUGAUGAGUGUUUCAAGGAUUAUGAAGCCAAUAUGGAUCCACUGCGAAGUCACAAUCCACAGAAACUAGUGGGAUUCACCAAAUUAAUUCCUCUUGGAAUAACAUCAUAUGUUCUAGAAAAGCGUCCAAUCUAAUUUUAAACUUGCAACCGAAGAGUCUGUCACAGUCCUCAAUACGUUGUUAAUUAAUUUAAGAAUAUGUGCCACAUUUCCAGUGUGGAUUGACUGAUUGGAAGGUCUCCGUUUAUAUCUUGCUACAUCCGGGUGUCUUCCAAAGAGCAGGAUGUCUUCUGCUCUUUGGCUUUCUGCGUUCUCCCAUCUUGUCAGCUGGGUUUCUCAGUGGUUUGUCAAGUCAAACUGUGCAGCAGCUCUCAUGAAACAGUACUUUCUAACGCAGAAAAGAGUUUUAUCUUGCAUGGAGAAAGCAGAUGUUAAGCAAGGAUAGAUGCCUAGAGAUACUCUCUGUGUUCUUUAUAUAAGGAAUUAUGACGUGCCUUUACUGCACAGUGGUUUGAGUUGUCAGCUUUAAAACAUCCUGACACCAUUCAACAGCUGCUGUUGGUCACUUAAUAGAACAAAGACAUUUUGGUGCUAUUUUGUCUGUUUAGACAGAUUGUUAUUUAGUGUAGGACUAAGUAAUUAUAAAGGAAUACUGUUCUCUAUUUUAAUAUUCUGCAUUAACCAGACUAAAAGAUUUCAAGAGUGCCUCUUUUUACCUCUCUUUAGGUUAGGAGUUACAAAACCUAUGUAGUAACCUCUUGAGUCUGAUUGUAUCAAAAGUGCACUUAUUAAAGGGCCUCAGGACCGUGGGCUCAGUAGAUGUGGUAGUACAAGCAGUUCCAGUUCUUGUGUUCACCCUACCAUCCACACACCAUAAAAAAUUACAACUCUGCACGAGAAGAUUUUUGUCUUAGAAAAGACAAAGUGACAAUAAUUGAUGCCAACUUGUGAUUUUUUCAAAGAUGUUGGUUCUUGUUACGGUUCGCUACUGAGUAGGUGAAGUAACAGUUUUACCCCAUGGUUCCAUGGUUCACAUCAGGUUUUAAACACAUCUGGAGUCAUUAACUGUUCAGCACAAAACAAGUGACACUUGCUCACCUGGGAGCGUAAUUCAAACUGUGAUCUAUUUGAAACAAUACAGGUUUAGUAGAUAUUUUUCAAGCUUCUCAGAAGUCUUAUUGUUGUUCAUCACUUCAUA